CGGCACGUGGACGCGCCGGACAAGAAGGGCCGCUGGCGCAGAUACUGUUCUUUGCUGUGAGAAUGUAAGAUGGAUCCAGAAGAGCAAGAGCUAUUAAAUGAUUAUAGAUACAGAAAUUACUCUUCAGUGAUUGAAAAGGCUUUAAGAAAUUUUGAAUCUUCAAGUGAAUGGGCGGAUCUCAUAUCUUCACUUGGCAAACUUAACAAGGCUCUGCAGAGCAACCUGAAAUACUCCUUGUUGCCCAGACGGCUCAUCAUCAGCAAGAGACUAGCUCAGUGUUUGCAUCCUGCCCUGCCCAGUGGUGUGCACUUGAAAGCCCUAGAGACCUACGAGAUUAUCUUUAAAAUUGUGGGAACCAAAUGGCUGGCCAAGGAUUUGUUCCUCUACAGCUGUGGCUUAUUCCCUCUCCUGGCGCAUGCAGCUAUGUCGGUGAGGCCCGUGCUGCUCGGCCUGUACGAGAAAUACUUCCUCCCACUGCAGAAGCUGCUCCUGCCUAGUCUGCAGGCCUUUGUCGUCGGCCUGCUGCCCGGCCUCGAGGAGGGCUCCGAGAUUUACGACAGAACAGAUGCUCUGCUCCUGAGACUGUCACUGAUGGUUGGCAGAGAGGUGUUUUACGCCGCCCUCUGGGGCAGCGUCCUGGUGAGCCCGUCCAUCCGCCUUCCCGCCUCGCUCUUUGUUGUCAGCCACAUCAACAGGAACUGCCCUGGCAAAGAGCAGAAGUACAUGCUGGGAAGCGAUUACCAACUCACGGUAAAAUCUUUGAGUGCUUCCCUGUUGGAUUCCAAUGUUCUUGUGCAAAGAAAUAAUCUGGAAAUUGUUCUGUUUUUCUUCCCAUUUUAUACCUGUCUGGAUCUGGAUGAGAGAGCCAUCCCCCUGCACAGAUCUGACAUCGUACAUAUUCUCUCAGCCGCCACACAGACCCUGCUGAGAAGGGACAUGUCCCUGAACAGGAGACUCUAUGCAUGGUUACUAGGGUCAGACAUUAAAGGAAACACCAUUGUGCCAGAUUCUGAAAUCUCAAACUCCUAUGAAGACCAGUCUUCUUAUUUUUUUGAAAAAUACUCCAAGGAUCUCCUAGUUGAGAGUCUGGCUGAGAUACUGCAUCAGAAGUUCUUAGAUGCCGACGUCGAGGAGCGCCACCACGCCUACCUGAAGCCUUUCCGCAUCCUCGUUAGUUUGCUGGACAAGCCAGAAAUAGGACCUCAAGUGGUUGGGAAUUUGUUUCUUGAAGUCAUCAGGGCCUUUUAUUCUUACUGCAGAGAUGCCCUGGGCUCUGAUCUUAAACUUAGCUAUACUCAGAGUGGAAAUUCACUAAUAAGUUCAAUCAAAGAAAACAGAAAUGCCUCUGAGAUUGUUAAAACGGUGAAUUUGCUGAUCACGUCCCUAAGCACAGACUUCCUGUGGGAUUAUAUGAUGAGGUGUUUUGAGGAGUGCUUUAGACCGGCAAAGCAGAGUUCCCCUGUCAGAAAAAGUGUCAGCCCUCCCCCGACAGUCUCGGAGGUCUGCACGCUCCUGGUGUUCCUUCUGGAUGUCAUUCCCCUGGAACUUUACUCCGAGGUGCAAACCCAGUAUCUCCCACAGGUGCUUAGCUGCCUGGUGCAGCCUCUUGCUGAGGAAAUGGAGGCCUUAAGUUUACCUGAACUCACUCAGGCCUUGAAGACGUGUUUCAAGGUGCUCAGCAAAGUCCAAAUGCCGCCUUCCUACCUAGACACAGAGUCCACAAGUGGAGCCUCGAGUCCAGUAAAAGGUGAAAAUGGCAAAAUAAUUUUGGAAACAAAAGUAGUGAUUCCGGGUGAUGAAGACACCACGUUCCCCCCGCUGAAAUCUGAGGACAGUGGGAUUGGGCUCAGUGCCUCCUCACCAGAGCUCUCUGAACACCUGAGGGUUCCACGAGUUUCUCCUGAAAGAGACGAUGUUUGGAAGAAAGGCGGGGUUAUGCAGAGGACGUUUCUUUGCAUCCAGGAGCUAAUUGCCAACUUUGCCAGCAAGAACAUUUUUGGAAUACAGCUCACAGCAUCUGGCGAGGAAAGCAAGCCCGAAGAGCCUGCAGGGAAGAGGGACAAGAAUGGGACACGGAGCCUGGCGGUCGACAGCUCCAAUAGGAAGAACUCGUGGGAGGCCAAACCCAUCACCGUGCCCCAGUUUAAGCAAAUGCUUUCAGACCUGUUCACAGUGCGGGGCUCUCCAUUUAAGACAAAAAGUUCAGAGUUACCGUCAUCUUUGCCCAAUAGCCCGGGCAGAAAAAUAGGGGGAGAAUGGGAUGUUGACCAGGUGGUCAUUGACCUGGGAGGUUCCGGGAAGGACUGCAGGGAGGCCUUUGCUGCUGCCUGCCACCUGCUGCUGGACUGUGCUACCUUUCCCGUCUACCUGUCCACGGAGGAGACUGAGCAGCUCUGUGAUAUGCUCUUCCAGCUUCCAGGAGCCAGCGAUUCCAGUUUCCCGUCUUGGCUGAAAUCCCUUAUGACCAUUUGCUGCUGUGUGACUGACUGCUACCUCCAGAAUGUGGCCAUUUCCACUUUGCUAGAAGUGAUAAACCAUUCCCAGUCCCUCGCAAUUGUCAUUGAAGACAAGAUGAAACGCUAUAAAAGCUCUGGACACAACCCAUUUUUUGGCAAGCUGCAGAUGGUGACUGUUCCUCCCAUUGCUCCGGGGAUAUUGAAAGUCGUGGCAGAGAAAACAGACUUCUAUCAGAGGGUAGCUCGUGUGCUUUGGAAUCAGCUGAAUAAGGAGACCCGGGAGCAUCAUGUCACCUGUGUGGAGCUUUUCUACCGGCUGCACUGCCUGGCCCCAACAGCCAACAUCUGUGAGGACAUCAUCUGCCAUGCCCUGCUGGACCCUGACAAGGGAACCAGGUUGGAAGCUCUCUUUAGAUUCUCUGUGAUCUGGCACCUGACGAGGGAGAUCCAGGGCAACCGAGUGACAUCUCACAACCGCUCGUUUGAUCGGUCCUUGUUCGUUGUGCUGGACAGCCUGGCCUGCACUGACGGUGCCAUCAGCGCAGCAGCCCAGGGCUGGCUGGUGCGAGCACUCUCACUUGGGGACGUGGCACGCAUCCUCGAACCCGUCCUCCUGCUCCUUCUCCAGCCCAAAACCCAGAGAACCUCCAUCCACUGCCUCAAGCAGGAGAACUCAGCUGAAGACUUGCACCGUUGGUUCAACAGGAAGAAAACGUCUUCCAAGGAGGCCUGUGGGGCACCUGAGCCUCAGGAAGGCAGCUCCGAAGAGCACUCGCCUCUGAGCCAGUUUACCACAGUGGACCGCGAAGCCAUGUGGGCCGAGGUGGAGAAGGAGCCCGAGAAGUGCCCCUUGAGAGGUGAGCUGAGCGAGGACGACCUGCCCUACUAUGUGGACCUUCCAGACAGGACACCCCACAGUGGCCCAGACAGCAGCGAGCACACGGAGUCUGCAGACACAAGCUGUGGCCACACGGACAGCGAGAACACGUCCUCCUUCUCCUCCCCUUCCCACGACCCACAGGAGCUGAGCAAUGAAGAACACUGCUGUGCGCCCAUCCCCCUGGGGGCCCGGGCGUACCCCAGGCGCGCAGCCUUGCUGGCAGCCUUCCAUUCAGAAACCUUCAAGUCCGGUGCCAAGUUAAGUCUGGUGCGGGUGGACUCGGACAAGACCCAGGCUUCAGAGUCGUUCUCCAGUGACGAGGAGGCUGACUUGGAGCUCCAGGCCCUCACCACGUCCCGGCUGCUAAAGCAGCAGCGGGAAAGGCAGGAGGCCAUUGAGGCCUUGUUCAAGCACAUCCUGCUCUACCUGCAGCCUUACGACUCGCGGCGGGUUCUCUACGCCUUCUCGGUGUUAGAGACCAUGCUCAAAACUAACCCUAAGGAGUUCAUCGAGGCCGUGUCCAAGACCAGCAUGGACACCAGCUCCACUGCACACCUCAACCUCAUCUCCAACCUCCUUGUUCGCCACCAGGAGGCCCUCGUUGGCCAGAGUUUCUACGGAAAGCUCCAGACCCAGGCCCCCAACGUGUGUCCCCACUCCCUGCUCCUCGAGCUCCUCACCUACCUUUGCCUGAGUUUCCUGCGCUCCUACUACCCUUGCUACCUGAAGGUCUCCCACCGAGACAUACUCGGAAACCGUGACGUGCAAGUCAAAAGUGUCGAGGUUUUGAUUAGGAUAAUGGUGCAGCUGGUGUCGGUGGCCAAGUGUUCUGAGGGGAAGAACAUGGAGUUCAUCCACAGUCUGCUGCAGAGGUGCAAAGUUCAGGAGUUUGUCCUCCUCUCACUGUCAGCGUCCAUGUACACAAGCCAGAAGCGCUAUGGGCUGGCCACUACCGACCGUAGCCGGGCAUGGCCCGAGGACAGCGUCUUUGAGGAGAGUCUCAUCAAUUUAGGUCAGGACCAGAUCUGGAGCGAGCACCCGCUGCAGAUCGAGCUGCUCAAGCUCCUGCAGGUGCUGAUUGUCUUGGAGCACCACCUGGGGCGGCUCCACGAGGAGGCAGAAAACCAGCCAGACCUGACCCAGGAGUGGCAGAAGGCCCUUAACUUCCAGCAGGCCAUCAGCGCCACACAGUAUGUGCAGCCCCAUGCCCUCACCUCUCAGGGCCUGCUGGUGUCUGCAGUGGUGAGAGGCCUGCAGCCGGCCUAUGGUUAUGGCAUGCACCCGGCUUGGGUGAGCCUGGUCACGCAUUCCCUGCCCUACUUUGGGAAGUCCCUGGGCUGGACAGUGACACCUUUUGUUGUCCAGAUUUGCAAAAAUUUGGACGACUUGGUCAAGCAGUAUGAAAGUGAAUCUGUGAAGCUCUCUGUCAGCACAACCUCCAAGAGGGAAAACAUUUCUCCAGAUUAUCCACUUACUCUUUUGGAAGGUCUAACCACCAUUAGUCAUUUUUGUCUUUUGGAACAACCCAACCAAAACAAAAAGAACACUGCCAUAGGUGAUCCUACCAACUUGAGAAAUGCCAGGAAUGCCAUUUUAGAAGAGCUGCCUCGAAUUGUUAACACCAUGGCCCUUCUCUGGAACGUUCUCAGGAAGGAGGAGACUCAAAAGAGACCCGUCGAUCUCCUGGGUUCCACAAAAGGAUCCUCUUCCGUUUACUUCAAAACCACGAAAACCAUAAGACAAAAGAUUUUAGACUUCUUAAACCCCUUGACGGCCCAUCUUGGAGUUCAGUUAACAGCAGCUGUUGCAACAGUAUGGAGCAAAAAGAAAGCUCAGCGUCACAGCAAAAUGAAGAUUGUCCCAGUGGCGAGUGCAUCCCAGCUAACGCUUGUUGACUUGAUCUGUGCACUCAGCACUCUGCAGACUGACACAUUGCUGCACCUGGUGAAAGAGGUGGUAAAGAGGCCACCGCAAAUCAAAGGGGACAAAGGAGACAAAGGAGACGAGAAAUCGCCCCUCGUGGAUAUCCCUGUGCUGCAGUUCUGCUAUGCUUUCGUCCAGAGGCUCCCAGUUACAGCCUUGCAAGAGAACUUUCCUUCCCUGUUGGGAGUGUUGAAGGAAUCCGUACAGUUGAAUCUUGCUCCUCCUGGAUAUUUUCUGCUUCUCAGCAUGCUGAAUGACUUUGUAACAAGGACUCCCAACCUGGAAAGCAAGAAGGAUCAGAAAGAUCUGCAGGAAGUCACUCAAAAAAUCCUGGAAGCUGUGGGGAACAUCGCUGGCUCUUCCUUGGAACAAACCAGCUGGCUAAGCAGAAACCUGGAGGUGAAGGCCCAGCCUCAAGCCUCACUAGAAGAAUCUGAUGCUGAGGAAGAUUUAUAUGACGCUGCUGCGGCUUCAGCAAUGGUGUCUGCCUCCGCCCCUUCUGUGUACAGCGUGCAAGCCCUCUCUCUCCUGGCAGAGGCUCUGGCUUCUCUCUUGGACAUGGUUUAUCGGAGCGAUGAGAAGGAGAAAGCAGUGCCAUUGAUCUCCCGUCUGCUUUAUUACGUCUUCCCUUACUUGCGCAAUCAUAGCGCCUACAACGCUCCCAGCUUCCGUGCAGGCGCUCAGCUGCUGAGCUCCCUGAGUGGCUAUGCCUACACAAAGCGAGCCUGGAAGAAGGAAGUUCUGGAACUGUUUAUGGACCCUGCUUUCUUUCAGAUGGAUUCUUCUUGUAUUCACUGGAAGUCCAUUAUUGACCAUCUUUUGACUCAUGAGAAAACAAUGUUUAAGGAUUUAAUGAACAUGCAGAGCAGUUCUUUAAAACUGUUCUCAAGUUUUGAGCAGAAAGCCAUGCUGUUAAAGCGCCAGGCUUUUGCUGUCUUCAGUGGAGAACUUGAUCAGUACCACCUUUACCUUCCGUUGAUACAAGAACGCCUGACAGACAAUCUCAGAGUUGGACAGACAUCCAUAGUUGCUGCUCAGAUGUUUCUUUUUUUCAGAGUUUUGCUGCUAAGAAUCUCUCCUCAACAUUUGACUUCAUUGUGGCCAAUAAUGGUCUCUGAAUUGAUUCAGACAUUUAUACAGCUUGAAGAAGAUCUAAAAGAAGAAGAUGAGUCAUUGAGAAGCAACAACAAAAUAAACAGAAUUAAAGUGUCAGUUAUGGAUGGAAAUGGGCCUGCAGUUGGGGAGAUACCCCAGAGUGAACUCAUCUUAUACUUAUCAGCUUGCAAGUUCUUGGACACAGCUCUUUCGUUUCCACCCGACAAGAUGCCAUUAUUUCAAAUUUACAGAUGGGCAUUUGUUCCAGAAGUGGACACAGAAGACCCUGCCUUUCUGUCAGAUCUAGAGGAGAAUCACCAAGAAUGCAAACCUCACACUGUCAGGAUUCUAGAACUUCUAAAAUUAAAAUAUGGGGAAGUUAGCAGCUCCGAUGAGAUCAUCAAGAGUGAGUUCCCUCUUCUGCGCCAACAUUCUGUGUCCAGCGUUGGGCAGCUGAUGCCAUUCUUCAGGACUCUAAACUGUGCUUUUAAAGCCCAGAGACAGCUGUCUGCUGAUCCCUCAGAAGCUCCGUUCUUAGAGGUUCCUGCCACGGACAGCUUAAGGGUCUUAAAACAACUGGAAGAAUGUGUCGAGUAUGAUUUUUUGGAACAUCCGGAAUGUUGACCUUAUGAGAGAAUUUGUUUACUUCAUUUAUUGGUACCUUAAUGAAAAUAAGGGUAUAUUCCAAAUAAGAAAGGAGCCAGGACAGUGCUUUUAAAUACAUCCUUUUCAAUUGCAAAAGCAGAUUUCAGAUAAUUUUCUGUUUGGCAACAAAACACACCUCCCUAAAUGCUUUGUAAUAUAUCUGGAUCUGAUUUUCUUUAUUCUUCAAUUUAUGUAAUGAAAAUAAAGUUAAUAUAUAAUCUAAGAAUAGCACAAAAUUU